UCUCUCCCCCGCUCCCCCCGCUCUCCCUCCCGGUGCAGGAGCCGUGCCGUCGGGCUUGGCUGCUGCUGAGGCUGCGCUGCUGCUGUGUGGGAGCGUAAUGGCGGUACACCGGGGACCCUCCACGAAAUGGCUCUUCACCCGGGAGCAGCUGGACAACACGCCGUCCCGCCGCUUCGGGAUCGAGGCCGACCGGGAGCUCUCGUACCGCCAGCAAGCCGCUAACCUCAUCCAGGACAUCGGCCAGAGGCUCAACGUCUCUCAGCUGAUCAUCAACACUGCUAUAGUUUAUAUGCAUAGGUUUUAUAUGAUCCAUUCGUUCACCAAAUUCCACAGAAAUAUCAUUUCGCAAACAACGUUAUUCCUUGCAGCAAAAGUAGAAGAACAACCCCGCAAACUGGAACAUGUUAUUAAAAUAGCACAUGCCUACAUUUACCCACAAGAGCCUCCCAUAGACGUAAAGAGCAAUGCAUUCCAACAACAGGCACAAGAGCUAGUGGCACUGGAAACUAUAGUGCUACAGACGCUGGGUUUUGAAAUUACUGUAGAUCAUCCUCACACAGAUGUGGUGAGGUGUACCCAGCUAGUUCGAGCAAGCAAGGAUUUGGCACAGACUUCCUAUUUCAUGGCUACCAACAGUUUGCACCUGACCACCUUCUGCCUGCAGUACCGGCCCACCAUCGUGGCCUGUGUGUGUAUCCAUCUGGCCUGUAAAUGGUCCAACUGGGAGAUCCCUGUGUCCACCGACGGGAAGCACUGGUGGGAAUAUGUCGAUCGGAACGUCAAUCUGCAGCUGCUGGACGACCUCACUCAUGAAUUUCUUCAAAUCCUUGAGAGGACGCCCAGUAAACUGAAGAGGAUACGAAACUGGAGGGCCUUUCAAAAUUCCAAGAAGCCAAAGACCGAUGGACAGUCAGUGGACAGUGCCUCCUCUUUAGACAGCCUCUCCAGCUCCUUCUUCCCCUCCACUUCCGACGCGGAUUUGCACUCCUUGAACUCUUUAACUGCCCCCUUCGCCUCCUACCAACCCAUGAGCGGCGACGCAGCAAAGGCUUGUGGGUACGAGCAGUUCUCCCAGCCGCUCCACUCGGACUUCACUUUGAUCAAACCUGAAAAAUCGUCAAAACACCAACAGUUAGGAGCCAAUGGAACCACUUUUUCUAGACCGCAAAAGGUGUUGACACUUGAGAAGUACAGAGAGAAGCACGCGCCCGAACUAGCGCUGCAAAAUGGUUUAAAAAGUGAAACUGAAAUGUACCCCGCCUUAUCACCCAUAGCAACAUCCCACCAUCACCACCAUAAGAAACGCUCACAGGCGCACCCCAGUGGGCAAUCGGGAGAAGGCAGACGGGAGAAAUCCAGCUCCAAAAAGCCCAAAAUCUCCCACAACUUCGCAGAAAACGGCUCGGCGUCAAACGAGGAGCUAAAAAUGCGAAUUAAAGUAUCUUCAGAGUCAAAGGAAAAACACAAAGAUCACCAUCGACAUUCGAAACAUUCACACCAAUACGCAGUGAACGGGAGAGGCGCCAUGGACACUUUAAUACGACCACAAGGGGCCGACGUGAGCGCCGUUUCGAGGAAGAGGGCUCAUGUUGACGGCGGUAACCAUAACAACCAUCACCACGCGUCGAAAAGCAGUCGGAGUUCAAAAGCGUCUAUAAAUUCCCAUUUUUCCGACGCAAAUCACGGACAUGACGGAACCAACGGACUUCUGCCUCCUAAUGGUCAACACACUGAUUACAAAAACACUUUCGAUAUGCUGGACUCUCUACUAAGUGCCCAAGGAAUGAACUUAUAACUCACAAAAACACAGUGUUGAUAAGAUUUUAAGGUAUUAUUGAUUUAUAGAAUUAAAGAGAUUUUUAUUUGUCUUAAGUUAUCUUGAAUUUCGUGUCAGUCGUGUCCACGCGCACUGAUUUUAAUUUGAAAAAGGUGAUUCUCGUUAAAAGCUGUCGAUAUAUGUAUAUGCAUAGAGCUGUGUAUUACUACUAGCUUGUAACACGAAACUUUAAAAAAAAAGACUUGCAGAAAUGCUAAUUGGCGAUUUUGAAAACAUUUUGAACCUGAUUUUAAUGUGCAUGUUUUGAAAGGGAUGUCAUAGCUAGAGUAUCACAGCGCGUUUACAAGGCAGUCUCUGUAUGUUUUUUGUACGAGUCGUUCCACUAAAAUCUCAGGUCUUGAACUUUUUUAAUUAAGAAGAAUCCUCCUUCUUUGGGUUGGUUUUACCCGUCAUCAUUGCGGGCAGUUGUAGUUGUAACGCCUGCCGUGGAAACUAAACAGUCUGCUUUAUUUAAAUCUUUACAGGAUAGGCAAUACGAUACAAGCUAGUAUUGCAAACUACCAAGGCUGCAGACGACAUUGCAUUUAGCUCAACAAAAAGUGCAUUUCAAUUCUUGGCUGAAAUCGUAACUAUAAAAGGCCUUGUAAUAAUCGUAUCUUGUCAAUUGCUACUCAAUAUAAUGUUACGAAAAAACUCAAAAAUAUAAAGAUGUAUAUACGAUUAGUUCAGUGUAUCAUGACUUCUGCAGCAGACUGUGUUGAUGAUUUGUGUAUUGGAAGCCCAAAUAAAGGUGUUAAAUUAAUUCUUCAAAA